GUCGUUCUCCAAAAUGAAGUUAGUCCUGGUACUAUCAGCUCUUGUUGCCGUUUCUGCGGCUUACAUCGUCGAACAAGACCAAAACACCGCCUUCAAUUACAUGGAACGGUUUGGUGUUCCUGAAGCAGAGAGAAUACGUAAAGCUGAAGAAGAAUACUUUAGUUCUAGAAUCACAGGUGGCGCUCCUGCUAACUUAGGACAAUUUCCCUACCAGGCUGGCCUCAUUUCCGACAUCCAAGGAAUAAGUGGACAAGGUGUAUGCGGUGGAUCCCUCCUCAGCGCCAACAGAGUUAUCACAGCUGCUCACUGCUGGUUUGAUGGAGUCAAUCGGGCUUGGAGAUUCACGGUGGUGCUUGGUUCUGUGACCCUGUUCGCAGGAGGCGUCAGGGUCCAGUCGACUGAUGUUGUCAUGCACUCCAGUUGGACUCCAUCCCUUGUUCGUAAUGAUAUUGCAAUGAUAAGGCUACCUGUACAACUAGCGUUUACCAAUAAUAUACAGCCCAUCGCCCUACCAACUGGUUCUGAAGUCAACGAAGCCUUCACUGGAGUAACCGCCGUAGCUUCUGGUUUUGGAAUGCUGGGAAAUAAUAUCAACAUUAACAACAAUCAAUUCCUGAGCCACGUGUCACUCCAAGUCAUCUCAAACAACGUCUGUUGGCUGUCAUUCCCCUUGAUCGUGCAAAGCUCUAACAUCUGCACGAGUGGAGCCGGCGGCACCAGCCCUUGCAGAGGGGAUUCUGGUGGCCCACUCGCACUCACAAGAAGCGGCAGAACAAUCUUGCUCGGUAUAACCUCUUUCGGCUCCCCCCAGGGUUGUGAGAGUGGUAAUCCGGCGGCCUUUGUAAGAGUUACGUCAUAUCUCGACUUUAUUCAAGCCAAUCUUUAAGCUAAGAAAUAAAACUAUAUGUAUAACA